UUCAUUAAUUCAAAGACUAAUUGAUCAGAUAAAAUAUCUGAAAAGUUAUUUUAGGAAAUUAUAACUUUGUAAUCUGAAUAGUUUUCCUUGGUGCCCCGACUUCCUAGUAAUUGCAGUUACAUGAUUGAUCAAUCUAAUCCCGUAAUAACUAAUUACAGAGAAUCUUUGAUAAACUAUCAGCCUUCAGUUAAUGAUAGUAAAGACACGACAUUUACUAUAACAGUAGUAUUCCCCCUUAUGUCUACUAUCCUGACUAUAGGCUAGUAGACUACGUGCGCACACUAUAAUAAUAUAAUAUAAAUAAUUAUAUUGGGACCCUGGAGACCGGGGGCUAUGUCCCAUGUCUAUGUUCUAUAUACUAUGGAGACCCCUGCCCCUCUGCUCUGUCGCAAGAUCAUUGACAUGGGGUUUGCAUGGGGUUUGGGCGGCCCGUGAGCACCACGACGCACAAUCCUUCUCCACGCAAUCCGUGACCUACAUUCACAAGAUAGUAAGCAUAGGCCUAUGAAGCUACUUCAUUGGAAGUGUAGCGUACAUAAAACACCAUACCAUUACGCACAAAUCUGUAAAUUAACCUUUCGUUCUGACAUAUAGGCUGCUGGCCUAGCUGUUACUCUCUAAAAUACACUAUUGCUCUGUGUUGGCAUAUGCAGGGGAUUAAGGAUAACAUUGUUACGAAUUUGAAGGGUGUCUGCGCGCAACUCCAUAUCUCAUCGCAGUCUGACAACGCACCAUGGCUGUUAGAAUGGUAUUGCUUUGGGGGUACGGUGUGUGUGUGACGCCUGUUUGAACGAGUGUAUUAGACCCCCAACCCUUCUCCCCCACACAACCACCUGCAUACACACACAACCCACCUGUCUCUACCUAUGCAUUUAUUAAAAUAUAUAGAUAUUCUUUUCUUUAUGGUUUUAAUUGUUUUGAUUAUUUUCUUUCUUUUUAAUUAACAACAAAUCAAUAGAACAAGUACAUGGGGGAAACAUAAGUAAAGAAUAUACAAAGUACAUUUGUGCUAGGGAGUACAAUAUCACAUUACACAGGGACCUUAAGUGACAUACACACAUUUAUAAUUCUAACAGAUUUUUUUGUUGGCAGAGUAUUUAAUUGUCUUAAAAUAUAAACUCAGAAAAAAGAAACUUCCCUUUUUCAGGACCCUGUCUUUCAAAGAUAAUUUGUAAAAAUCCAAAUAACUUCACAGAUCUUCAUUGUAAAGGGUUUAAACACUGUUUCCCAUGCUUCUUCAAUGAACCAUAAACAAUUAAUUAAUGAACAUGCACCUGUGGAACGGUCGUUAAGACACUAAUAGCUUACAGGCGGUAGGCAAUUAAGGUCACAGUUAUGAAAACUUAGGACACUAAAGAGGUCUUUCUACUGACUGAAAAACACCAAAGAAAGAUACCCAGGGUCCCUGCUAAUCUGCGUGAAUGUGCAUUAGGCAUGCGGCAAGGAGGCAUGAGGACUGCAGAUGUGGCCAGGGCAAUAAAUUGCUAUGUCCGUACUGUGAGACUCCUAAGACAGCACUACAGGGAGACAGGACGGACAGCUGAUCAUCCUCGCAGUGGCAGACCACGUGUAACAACACCUGCACAGGAUCAGUACAUCUGAACAUCACACCUGCGGGACAGGUACAGGAUGGCAAAAACAACUGCCUGAGUUACACCUGGAACACAGAACCCCUCCAUCAGUGCUCAGACUGUCAGCAUUAGGCUGAGAGAGGCUGGACUGAGGGCUUGUAGGCCUGUUGUAAGGCAGACAUCACCGGCAACAACGUCGCCUAUGGGCACAAACCCACCGUCGCUGGACCAAACAGGACUGGCAAAAAGUGUUCUUCACUGAGGAGUCGCGGUUUUGUCUCACCAGGGGUGAUGGUCAGAUUUGCGUUUAUCGUCAAAGGAAUGAGCAUUACACAGAGGCAUGUACUCUGGAGCGGGAUCGAUUUGGAGGUGGAGGGUCCAUCAUGGUUUGGGGUGGUGUGUCACAGCAUCAUCGGGCUGAGCUUGUUGUUUUUGCAGGCAAUCUCAACACUGUGCUUUACAGAGAAGACAUCCUCCUCCUUCAUGUGGUACCCUUCCUGCAGGCUCAUCCUGACAUGACCCUCCAGCAUGGCAAUGCCACCAGCCAUACUGCUCGUUCUGUGUGUGAUUUCCUGCAAGACAGGAAUGUCAGUGUUCUGCCAUGGCCAGCGACGAGCCCAGAUCUCAAUCCCAUUGAGCACGUUUGGGACCUGUUGGAUCAGAGGGUGAGGGCUAGGGCCAUUCUCCCCAGAAAUGUCCAGGAACUUGCAGGUGCCUUGGUGGUAGAGUGGGGUAACAUCUCACAGCAAGAACUGUCAAAUCUGGUGCAGUUCAUGAGGAGGAGAUGCACUGCAGUACUUAAUGCAGCUGGUGGCCACAACAGAUACUGACUGUUACUUUUGAAUUUGACUCCCCCUUUGUUCAGGGACAUAUUAUUCCAUUUCUGUUCGUCACGUGUCUGUGGAACUUGUUCAGUUUGUGUCUCAGUUGUUGCAUCUUAUGUUCAUUCAAAUGUUUACACAUGUUAAGUUUGCUGAAAAUAAACACAGUUGACAGUGAGAGGACGUUUCUUUUUUUUGCUGAGUUUAGUUCAAUUUCUUUUUGCAAGUUAAUAAAAUGUGGUGUUUUGUGAAUAUGACCAUUGGCCAAAAGAAUAAUGAAAUUAAUUACAUAAAAUGGUUUCAACUUAUUUAUAUCAAAAGUAAAGAAUCCAAGCAGCACAUCUCUCCAUAAUAGUAUAACAACUUCAUAAAUGUGUUAAAUUAUAAUCUACUGAUGUCUUGCCACAGACAUGAGUACAAUGCCAAAAAAGAUGCAACACUUUGUCAGUGGUCAUUACAAAAGGUACAAUUUGCAUCAGCAUAACAUUCUCAUAAGUGUCCAUUACAACAAUUUUCCUAAUGUAAUGGGUACGGUUUCUCCACAGAAAGUUGAAAAGUAUCUGGUCUAUCUCCUUGCUUAUUUUACUGUUAAGAUAUAAAGAUAGAGCACCAUAUGUUAGUCUAGAGAUAUCUUCAGCCUUGGUUAUUAGGACUCUUCCUUUUAAAGAUAAGUCCCUCUGUAGCCAUUGAUUUAGUCUUCUGGGGUUUUUUAAUAAGAGGGUUAAAAUGUAGUAAGCCUCUAGACUUCUGAUCCUUUGUAAUGGUUCUGCCUAAAUAUGUAAGUUCUUAUUUUACUGGAAUACCAUAAUAUGUGGGUGUCACAAUUUUGACAGCUAUGAGUUCACAUUUAUUAAUGUUAAGAUAUAGACCAGACGCAUUGGAAAAGGAUUGUAUCACAUUGAUCGAUAUGGGAAUCUGACUAGCAUCUUUCAGAAAAAGUGUAGUAUCGUCAGCCAGCUGGCUUAUAAUAAUUUACUUACCAACUAUGGAAAUACCUCGUACGGGACUAUUAUUUAAAGAAUGUGUAAAAAGUUGGGAUUAAUAAAAAUAGAUAACCUUGCCCAAUUCCUCUCUUUGACUCAAAUCUAGGUGAGGUGCCAUGUUUCAGUUUGAUAGAGCUGUUACCACUCGUAUAGAGUCAAUAGCCUUACAGAAAGGGAGUGGGUGAGGAACUGAUGAUCUAUUGUGUAUUUCAUCACACCGGCAACUUGGAUGCAAUAGGUGGUUUCCUCCUGAAAAUAAUCAGUGGCACAACCUGUUCCAGAUCGUAAUAGGCCUACUUGGUUAUUAUGUUUUAAUUUGGUUAUUAUGUUCUGAUUUGGUUAUUAUGCACUAAAAGAGAAAGGAUUUCCUUAUUACUAAAGUAAAUUCUAAAACUGCUGGCAUUUCAACAGUGGCGUCCACAGCAACAGGGAGUCAGGGAGACCAAACCGCCUACUUUAAUUUUGAACUACAACUGCGACUUUAUUCUCAACAUUUUGACUUGAUUCUUAAAAUUACAUUUCGAGUAUAGUCUCGAAAUAUUGCCACUUUAUUCACAAAAUUGUAUUUUGACUUUAUUGUCGAAAUAUUGCCACUUUUUUAAAGUACAUCGCCUCACCUUGCCCUUAUACCUAUUUAAGCGAUCCGCCUACAAUCCUCUCUUCUGUGACAAACGCUCCCUGCACCACACAUUAAUUGAUACGUGAUGCUGUCCAAUCGACGGAGACCAGUCGUAGAAAUCCAUCCAAUGGUAAUUCUAGGAGGGGCGGGAUCCUCAACCCCGCAAUGACAAAUUUGACGGUGUUGUGAUUAAUUAUUUUUAACCCGAUACAACGCACAUUUAUUUUGUUUAUAUUUUCCCAAUCGUUAUUUUGGCUUUAGUGAUUUUGCCCGCCAGUUUAAAAGAAGCGAGGUCGUUAAGGGAAAGACGAUUAGUUUAUUUUGUUGUCUAAAGGUAUUGGUUUCAUUUCGCUUGUACGUCUUAAAACUGGAUUUCUUGUAAAUGCUUGCGAUGGAUUUGCAAUCUGCAGAUUGAUUGAUUCCGACUAGGCUAGAUAUAAAACAAGACAAUCAUCUGUGGGCUAAACAGUCGUUUUAGGUGUUCUGUGAUGGGGCGGGGUCCUGGACAUAACCAUGAAGACCAAGUCCUCAGGAAGAACACUGACUGGCUCCCCAGCUUCUUGCAUGGUGGGACUUCCAGUCUGGUGUCCACUCUCACCACCUUCCCCAUAUACAAGAUCGUGUUCCGCCAGCAGCUUCACAGCACCGUAGUCAGCCAGGCGAUAGGCCAACUCAGGAAGGAGGGUUUCCUGAAGCUCUACAGGGGGGUGGUGCCCCCUCUACUGAUGAAAACCCUGAAUGGGACACUACUUUUCGGGAUACAUGACACUUUCCUCCACUGUCUCUCCUCCAUCACCAACCCCUACAGGGUCAUCUCUCUCCCCGCGUUACCAGCUGUGGCCGGGCUCGGCACAGGCAUCGUGGAGGCCUUGGUGUUCACGCCAUUUGAGCGUGUGCAGAAUGUGUUGCAGAACGGGGGCAACGACCGCAGCCUGCCCACCCUGAAGAGUGUGUUGGCCCGGCUGGGGGCAGAGAGGCUGGGGUCGGGGUACUACAGAGCUUUCAUCCCCAUACUGGCCCGUAACACCCUGGGAAGCUGCAUCUACUUCGGUCUGAAGGACCCCGUCAGUGCUGCUCUGAGGGAGAAGGGGCUUCCUCCUAUGGCCUCAUCCUUCCUGUCAGGAAUGAUAAUCAGCUCCAUGGCGAUCAACCUGCCCCUGUAUCCUCUGUCUGUGCUGGUGGUCAACAUGCAGGCUGGGGUGGUGGGUGAGGCAGCGGGGGUGAGGGGGAGCUGGAAGGCACUGUGGGAAGGUCAGCUGAAGAGGAGCAUCCCCCUGCUGUACCGUGGAGGUUCCCUGGUUAUCCUCAGGAGCUGUAUCAGCUGGGGAAUCACUACAGCCAUCUACGACCGACGCUCCGCACACUGAAACACAACACCUCACU